GUGAAACUGCGGGCGGGACCACCUGGAGAGGCGGAGACGGGAUCUCCUGGAGUGACGGCUCUGGCAGGGGCAUGGAGGAAACCUCAGAGACCGGUGCCGCCCCCAUGUCUAAAGGCGGAGUCUGAGAGGCCGGCGCUGGCUUGAGCGGCCACUACCAUCUCCCCGGAGAGAGAUAAGGGGGGGAAGGAGAAAACUCUAUCUGAGCAUGCUCCGGAGCAAGAGUAAAAAAACUUCUUCGCCCGGCAAAAUUUCAGCCCCCCCCCGCCGCGAAGCAGGGAGGGCUGGGAAGCAGAAUGUCCUCCCCCACCGCGUCUUCUGCCAAAGGCGGUGGAAACGGAGCUUGUCCAUAACAGUUAGAGAUCCAUUGGAAAAACGCUGCUCUGCGCUUCAAAACUGGGAAAAGCUUUAUAAAUGCUGGGUAGAUAGAAGGCAACGCGCGUCCCUGACUGUAGACGCACUGGAUAAUCAAGUCCAUGCACUCCCAGACAAAAACAUCUAAAGCGUACAGGACAUCAGUAAAGAACCCAAAAAGCUUUGCCCAUCUAAAGAAUCCAUAGAUAUCUGUUUCUGACAAAAGGAAACCGUCUUCCCUGCACCAGUGUUUCCAGAGGGCAAUAAGAUUCUCCUCUGAAGGGGAGAACUGAAUCUCUUCCAGCAAGGCAUGUGUCUGCCAUACGAACAGCAACAGACUACGAAGGGCUGGUUCAUCAGGGAUAGAAAAGCCCACAGUACCUUUUGAAAGAGUCCAGCUUGCUCUGGCCAGCUCCACAGGUCUGUUGCUCUUUUCCAUCAUCUUUCCUGAUGGUUUUCCAGAAGAAGAUUCUCUUUGUGGUCAGCCUUGGCUGUGAACUCUGUCUGAAUCAGGAUCUUCAGUUCUUCAGCUCCUGGCUUGAAUCCACUUGUGUGGUCACUUCAAAGUAACCAUCAAAUGCUACACAUACAGGAUUUUUACCCAGUGCAUCAAUUUUGCUCCUCUGGUCUAAUCAGAUUAAUUUCUGCUCUCACACGUCGGGUCACCACAUAUUACUGCGCCUGAGUGGGUUGCAGCUGGUGAGAGAUAGACGGGAUCUUGUUUCUUGAUUCAGAAGGCUUGAUUUAUUUAAUAUAAGAUAUAAUACAUUAUGACUAUACUAAAUAGAAUAUAGAGAGAGGUUUGCAGAGCAGCUAGGCUAGGCUAAGAUAGACAGAAAGAAACUAUAACCAAGUUAUCUCCAGGGACUCAGUCCCCUAGCUUGCACUGGUGAUUGGCCCUUAAUUAUAAACAUAGAAAAUGAGCCAAUCAAGAAACAUCCCAUUACAUUCCACAGCAGUUGAUAAUAAUUGUUUACCUUCCCUUCUGAGGCCUCUGGCCUCCAGAAGACGCAGAAAUCUGAAAGAAAGGAUUUCUGUGAAGAAAUGUCUGCGACAACAAAUAGUAGGGUUAACAAGAUAUGGCCUUAAAUGGCUAUAGGGAUAGGUUAUAGGGUGGAUGUUCCUGGAGUCAGGAAGCUUCUUUGCUGUUGUGUCAGCAUUCUAUUAUUCAGAUUCUCCACGGGGCCCUGGCUAAAUCUGAGGGUUUCACUUCAAUUAUGGGCUGCCUUUCCUUAGAACCUGGUGGAUGCAAUGUCAGGAUUUGGUGGAACACAGCCCAAACCAUAAGGUGAGAGUGUGAGGAGGAGCAGCAGAAUCCAUCACUUGCUGCAUUUUGACCCUUGUAGGAGUUGUUGGCAAGGACCAAGACCUGCAUUUCCCAUGAAAAAGAGUCAAGGCUGUUGUUUUCCCAAGACUGGAGAGAAAUAUCCUUGGUUGUGGUCAGGGGCAGGGGCACAGCCUUUCCCGAAACAGAAGGGCUUUUGAAGAGAUUUUGAGCAUCUGAAUGUGGUGCACAUCAGAGGAUGAAAACCUGGGCUGAUUCAGUGCAGGCCAGGGAAGCCCCAGCCUUGUGCAACCUGGUCCCCUUGUCUGUGAUUGUGGGUGGGGUUAACCUAAAUAAUCCAGCAGCUUUUUGCUGCAAAGUCUUUGGUGUUUACCUGAGGCCAUUUGGGAUCCCUCUGCAGCAUCCUCUGCCAUUUUUGGUAGCAGCUGAUAGACUGGUACCCAAGGCAGAUUUAAUCAUGAUCCUGUGGUUGUUGUUCUGGAGGAAAAUACAUCCAGCAGAGUGACAGAGUGCAGAGUCAGGGCUGUCCCUUCACUGGCGCAUGGAAGGAUGCGAGGAUGACUUAAGGAUAGAGUCUCCACAUAAUGACGUGGUGGCCACACUUCCUUGAUACCAAAAUGACAUUUUCAACUUGACGGCUAUAUUUGGCAUUACCCUAGGGAGCGGAGCCUUGCCGCUGAACGGGAUGGGCGGUGCUAGACGUGCUGCUGCGUGGCCAGGAAGGGCAGAGAUGGACAAGUGAUUGUGCAAUUUCCUCUAGAAAACUCUUUAUAAUGCGAGUAGCGGGCCGGGAGCCACGUCAGCAGCAGGACAGGCACUGAGGUGAGCAGGACUCGGAGGAUGCGAGUGGGAGGGAGCGGAGCCUUCCCGCUGCAUGGGAUGGGUGGUGCUAGACGUGCUGCUGCGUGGCCAUGAAGGGCAGUGAUGUCCAAGCGAUUGCGCAAUUUCCUCUAAAAAACUCUUUAUACUGGGAGUAGCAGGCCAGGAGCCACGUCAGCAGUGGGACAGGCACUGAGGUGAGCAGGACUCGGGGGAUGCGAGUGGGAGGGAGCAAUUUCCUCUAAAAAACUCUUCAUACUGCGAGUACCGGGCCAGGAGCCACAUAAGCAGCGGGACAGGCACUGAGAUGAGCAGGACUCGGGGGAUGCUAGUGGGAGGGAGCGAAGCCUUCCCGCUGCACGGGAUGGGUAGUGCUAGACAUGCUGCUACGUGGCCAGGAAUGGCAGUGAUGUCCAAGCGAUUGGGCAAUUUCCUCUAAAAAACUCUUUAUACUGCGAGUAGCGGGCCGGGAGCCACAUCAGCAGAGGGACAGGCACUGAGCUGCCCCUGCACAGCCCUCGCCUGCCCGCUGCGCCCUGCCCUGCGCUCAGCCAGCCCGGCUGCGCCUGCACCGCCUCACUGCGCCAGCCCGGCAUGGCAGAAGGCAAGAGCAACCCCCAGCCCGGGGACCUGAUCGAGAUAUUCCGGCCAUUUUACCAGCACUGGGCCCUCUACGUUGGAGAUGGAUAUGUCAUCCACUUGACAGAUGAAGAAGCCUCAUCCCUUUGGCUACGCAGCUCAUCAAUACACGCUACAAGAGCCAAGGUGAAGAAGCAGCUCCUGAAGGAUGUGGCGGGAAAUCAUAAAUGGCGUGUCAACAAAACGCAUGACCGCUCCCACUCUCCUUUCCCUGUGAAGGAGAUCAUCCAGCGUGCUGAGCAACGGAUUGGCGAGGAGUUGACAUAUGAUGUGCUUACCAGCAACUGUGAACACUUUGUGACAAUGCUUCGCUACGGAGAAGGAUUCUCAGACCAGCUGAGGGCUUCUGUAGGUAGUGAAUUGCAAAUUCUUGACAUGACAGAAAAACAGGACUCCCCCAACCCUGGAGAUAUGAUCGAGAUCAAACGAGGAUCUUAUGAGCACUGGGCCCUCUAUGUGGGGGAUGGAUAUGUCAUCAAUUUCACACCUGUAGAUAAAAAAGCCACAACCCUGUUAGCCAGCAGUGGGUCAACAGUCCACACAAAGGCCAGAGUUCAAAAGGAACUCCUGAAGGUGGCCAGAAAUGACUGGGCUGUCAACAACAAGUGUGAUUGUUACCGCACGCCUCUGCCCGUGGAGGAGAUCAUCUGGCGUGCUGAGUGUUGCAUUGGCAAGGAUGUGACGCAUGAUGUGCUUGGUAGAUGCUCUGAGGAGUUUGUGACAAAUCUCCGCUAUGGUGGCGAGCUGAGAGCUUUGUUAUGUGGAGAAAUGCACGUUCUUGAUAGGGCGAAAGACAAGGACGUCCCCAACCCUGGGGAUCUGAUCGAGAUCAAACGAGGAUCUUAUGAGCACUGGGCCCUCUACUUGGGGAAAGGACAUGUCAUCCAUGUGACAAAUGUUCAAGGAGACACAUCCACGUCAUCCAGCAGUGGAUCUGUAUUUCUCAGAAGAGCCGUAGUGAGUAAGGAGGAGCUGGACAUGGUGGCCGGAAAUGAUACAUGGUGUGUCAACAACAAGUAUGAUUGUUACCGCACUCCGUUCCCCAUGGAGGAGAUCAUCCGGCGUGCUGAGCCAUAUAUUGACAAGGAGCUGCCAUAUCGUUUGUUCCUCAAGAACUGUGAGCACUUUGUGACCAUGCUGCGCUAUGGAGAUGGGGUCUCUGAGCAGGCCAAGGCAGCACUUCAAAAUAUCAAUUCCAUUUCUUCUGUAGUGACAGCUGGGGUAGGAUUUGUCAGUCUUGCGGUUGCGGCUGGUAUUCCUGUGGUUGGUUUUCCUCUUUCGGCCUCUGCUGCUUUUGGGGCUGUUGGUGGUGGUAGUCUGAUUGCCACUAUUGGUUUAGCUUCCAGCAAUAUUGCUCGUUCUGUCUCUUUUGCCCAAUUUCAAAAGGCAGGGAGAUAUAUACUAGAACAGAGUUGCUGUUAGGAAGAGCUCAAGCAAGGCAUGGAGUCCCUGGUCACUCUUCAGCUUUUGCCACAAGUGUAAUGAACGCUUACUAGCAACUGCUGUGAUAAUUAAUUCAAAGACUUAUUGAAAUGUAAAAAUCCAAACUCAUCUUGCCUAAAAUUGUCUUUUAUCUGUUUGAGGAUAGCUUGGUGUGCAAGUAAUUUCUCCUUAACUACCCUCUUCCGCCUGCCUAAUACACUGACUUCUUUCUCAAGGGUUUCUUUUUCCAGGUCUCCCAAAGCCCCAUUUUACAGGAAACCCUCUUCCUGGGCCUCCACCAGCCAGCUAGGCAGCACUCAGACCCUUCUAGCUCCCUUUCUUCUUUUGGAAGAAGUGAAGUUGUAUCAUGGGGCUUUUUUCCAUCUCUCAGUGUCCCUACAGUCAAUCUCCACUCUGACUGUAAUUUUACAGUUUUUCAGAUCCUUUUCAACUUGAAGCCCUGUAUGGCCUUUCUCCCCUGCUGAGUGAUACCAAUAAAGAUAAAAACCUAUGGUGAGAACCAUGUACUGAUAAACAGUGGGGAUGCAACAAUGACCCAAAAUAGCAGAAUGGUACCAACAAACUGAAUCAGGCCUGAAAUAGUCAGGUGUUCACAGCAAAGGAAGGAUCUCAACCUUCCCUGCUCAAAACAGAACACAAAUCCUACUUACAGCUACAGUACUGUGGGUUUAGUGCUGCAGAUGGUUUCUGGGUUUAGGAUCUAUGUUUAGGUUCUCUCAGAAGAGUAGAAAGAAGUUCACAUUCUAUAGACAAAUAUUUUUGCCUUAAGGUAUUGCAGAGCUACUUAACUACCCUUCAUCUACAGCAGUUUGUUUCUUUUGUUUGAUUCUGCAGCUACAAUUUUAACACCCACAUUAAACUGCUGUUGUUUUUACAUUACCGAUUUGCUCAACAGUUCCGGGAAUCAAGCACAUUUCUACACAAACAGGUAAUAAUCUUCACAUGCAUUUUGUUAAAAGGCAUUGUUACUGGCUGCUCCAUGACUGUCUGCAGCAUCUGGAUUGAAAGUUAAGGCAGGCAAAUCUGUUCUGUGGUGACCAUUAUGUUUUGCCCUUUCACAUGGUUCCACUUCUUCACCUGAUCGAGAAAUAUUAGCUACCAUGCACAAUGCUCUCCUAACAUCCUAGCACAGAAAUUUGAGGGCCAAACCCAAUUCAAACCCCCAGACUUCUAUAUUUUCUGCAGUUCCUGAGGAAUUAAGUUUAGUUUGUCAGCAUGUUUGAGAGCUGUGCACUCCCACUUGCAACUGCAUGCACCUCAGAGCUCAGAGCAGGCAGCAGGACCCCGUGAGCAAACUCACCUGAUCUGCUCCAGCAAACAGUGCAGGCUGAGGGCUUGGGAGGUGAAAGAUGAGGUCACAGACACCUCCUGUUCUAGCAGUGAUAUCACUGCAUGUAUCACUUUCAAAGCCUGAAAUCCAUGGCAUUCACAAUGUGGACAAAUAUCCUUCCCACCUCAUAAUUAAUAAAUAAUGAACUCUUGUUCUUCCAGAAA